UAGAAAUGUUCUCAAGAUCUCUCACUUUGAGGUCGAUGCAGAAACCAAGGAACAAGUUCUACUUACUGCAUUUCUUGUUGAUUCCACUCAGAUUUUCCAGUUACUAAUUGGACAUGAAAAUAGCACGGUCCUUUGUCCUCCAACUGCUACAGAGUCCUGAGGUUAUUUCAGCCGCAACAACAAGCUGUGAGCCUGUUUGGCAGCUGACGGAUCUGUUACACAAAUUGGGGUGCCUGUUGCUGUCGCCAUCUUGCAUGCCAUGGGGAGCCCACCAGCCAAGAUGAAGUUCUGCCCCAUCCACAUGCUUUCUGUAAGAAUCAUACAAGCUAAGAACAUCAAAUCAAGAGACCUGUGGACAGUUCCAUUUUCCUGCCAAAACCUUGCGGGGCAAUGUUAUUCACUGCUUGAUACCAGUCUGAAGUAUUUAGGCAUCUUGGGAUGCAGUACACAUCAUCAGUCGAGUCCAGACUCCAGCUCUGAAAGACAUCACCUUGGAGAUUUCCUUUCACACCGUUGUCAAGCUUCACAAAUGACUGCAUCAGACUGCUACGUGCGCUUGUGGCUGCCGUCUGCUUCAAAUCGAAAGCUUCAGACCAAAACCAUCAAGAAUUCUGACAACCCUGUCUGGAACGAGACUUUCUACUUCAGGAUCCAGAGAGAAGUUGAGAAUGUCUUAGAACUGGCAGUGUGUGAUGAAGAUCCACUCACCAAAGAUGACAUGCAGUUCACAGUUCUUUUUAAUGUUGCUAGAAUCAGACCAGGGGAGUCAAUCCGUGAGACAUUUGCUUUGAAAUCAGAGAGAGAGACAUGUACUAAGAAAUGGGAAAGUUUAGAAGUGGAAUUCUGGAUGGAAAGAAUUCCUGGCCCUCCAGAGCACAUAAUUACCAAUGACGUCCUAGUGUCCCGUGAUGUCUGCUGCUUGGAAGUGCAAGUGGACAUUAAUGAAAGCAGGAAAUAUUUGAAAGAGGGUAAAAAUCUCGUGCUUACGGUGCCUGAAUCUCAUGAGAGAAUACAGAAAACCACAGAGGACACAGACACUUUCUACUUCCAUUGUGUGAAGGCUUGGGAGCCAGUUCUGAAAAUCAGGCUGCAGAAAGUUUCUGAUAAGGAAUAUGAGGACAGCAAUUUAAGUGACACCUUAACAGUUCCACUGAAAUUUCUCCCUGUUGGAUAUAAAGUGAAAAUAACCCUCCCUGUAAGAAAUAAUGUGCCACUGUAUUUGUACCUCCAACUAAAUGAUUGCACAGAAAAACUAGAUGUGCGCUUAGGCUAUGAUUUAUGCCGAGAAGAACAAGAAUUCUUGCUAAAAAGGAAGAGAGUGGUUGCCAGUGCCCUGAAAGGGGUGCUUCAUCUGGAAAGAGAUCUACAUGGACACGAGGUCCCAGUAAUAGCUGUUAUGGCAACAGGCGGAGGCCUCAGAGCUAUGUCAGCUAUGUUUGGCCACCUCAUAGCUCUCCAGAAGCUCAAUCUGUUGGACUGUGUUACCUACGUCACUGGGGCUUCUGGCUCGACAUGGACCCUAGCAGACCUGUAUGAGCAUGCUGACUGGUCACAGAAGUCUCUGGAGGGGCCACUUAAGGCAGUAAAAGAACAAGUGACAAAAUGCAAGCUCAACCUUAUGUCUAUAGAACAUCUGAAGUAUUAUCACAAGGAACUUGCUGAAAGAGCAAAAGCAGGGCAUGUGUCAUCUUUUACAACUCUGUGGUCCCUUGUUCAGGAAAUGUUUUUACAUGAACGGCCAAGAAAGUACAAACUCACAGACCAGCGCAAAGCAUUGGAGCAUGGACAAAACCCAUUGCCUUUCUAUUCAGUCCUCAAUGUGAAAGAGGAAAAGUUCAGUACAUUCAGAUUUAGAGAGUGGACAGAGUUCUCUCCUUACGAGGUGGCCAUACCAAAAUAUGGAGCCUCGAUUCCUUCAGAAUACUUUGACAGUGAAUUCUUCAUGGGAAGGCGAGUGAAGAAGCUGCCAGAAUCUCGGAUCUGCUAUCUGGAAGGUCUUUGGACAAACAUCUUUACUAGGAAUUUGCUGGAUGGCUUGUACUGGUCCUCAAAUUCAAAUGAAUUCUGGGAACGAUGGGCCAAGGAUAUGGUAGAUAUAGAAAAGCAUUCCCCUGAGGAAGACAUCACUGUCAUCGAGCCUCCUUCUUGCUUGUCAGGGAAGCUGUAUGAGAUGUUUCAGGACAUUAUGACCAAGCGUCCACUUCUGGGAAAGUCUCAUAACUUCCUGAGAGGCUUAGAAUUUCAUAAGGAUUAUAUCCGUCAGAGAAAGUUUAUUGAAUGGAAAGACUCUGUGCUGGACGGUUUCCCUAACAACCUGACACCGCUGCAGAAAUAUCUUUGCCUGAUAGAUGUUGGCUAUUUCAUCAACACCAGUGGUGCAGGGCUUUUCAAGCCAGAGAGAAAUGUAGAUGUCAUUAUCUCACUUGAUUAUGGAUUGGGGAAUGUGUUCAAGCAAUUAGAGAUGACAUACAAAUACUGCAAGGUACAAAAAAUCCCAUUCCCGAAAGUGGACAUAAGUAAAGAAGAAGAGAUGAACCCAAAGGAAUGUUAUGUGUUUUCGGAUGCAGAGGACCCCAGAGCACCCAUAGUAAUCCAUUUCCCCCUGGUGAAUGAUACCUUUAAGGAAUUCAAGGAGCCUGGGGUAAAGCGCUCUCUCUCAGAGAUGGAGGAAGGCAAAGUGAAUCUGGAUAACAACUGCUCACCCUAUUACCUCAUUAGGCUAAUCUACUCCUCUGAAAACUUUGACAAGCUUGUGAACCUGAGCACAUACAACAUCCUCAAUAACAAAGACCUGCUCCUCCAGACAAUCCGGAGUGCUGUAGAACGGAGGAGAAACAGCAGGACUUGGAAUCUCCCCAGCUACUCUAGAGCUGGAUACCGCUAGGCUGGGUUUUUGCACUGUUCCCCACUGAAGGCAACAACAGUCACACUACAACACAUCACAGUCGCAUUGCAAUAUGUCAUAGUCACAUUACAACACAUCACAGUGUUCAUUAUUUGCAAGAAACUGAGGAAACCUGUACAUUUCUCAUCUUGCCUUGUUCAAGUUCCUGGCUUUCAGAAGGGUUUAUUUAAGCUCCUUCCCCCAAGCUUUCAGACCACAAGAGCUUCACACUGUGGUCUUACUUGUUAAGAAAUUAGGGUCCUGAUUAGCAGAGAUAUUCCAGGAUCUCCCUGAUGUUAUAGAAUAUGGUGGUGGUGAUAGUGAUAGUUCUUAAGAGCCUGUCACCUCAAUCCUGAGCCUAUUGUUGGUGUCUUUUCAAUGCUUGGUUACAAAGCAAGUCCUGGCCAUUUGCAUUCACUGAUGUCCAGAUUUUCAGACAGGCUGAGCAACUAGAAUUUGCACUGAAUUGGUGGGCUCAGCUUUGAAGUCAGGCCAAAGAGUCAUAUUUAUCUGUGAACAAUGGCCAAACUGCAACGUGAGCAAUUGCAUUCUGUCUGGCCGAUUACCUUUGCUGAUUUAGAAAUGAUUCCUUUUUUCCAUUCCUCUGCAAGAGCUUGGCACAGAAACACUGCUCCAGACUGCCAUGAAGGGGGCAGUUACAUUUCAAGGAGAGGACAUUACCUACAGAGAGUGAGUACGGUGCUUUUGAGCAUUGGCUGGAGGAAAAAUUCCGCACAAGGCACGAGUGAUUAUCUGGAUUUAUAUGGGUAGUGCCUUUAUGCAUUAAAAUGUCAAAAGCCUGAAACAAGCUUUUGACACCAGAAAUUCAAGGGGAGUAAUUACCAUAAACUCAAGUACAGUUAAUUUAAUAAGACAUAAGCUAGUGAUCCUUAUGUAUGUCAACUGAAUGUAGGAUAACAUAACUCACAGAGUGCACAGCCAUUGUAUUUUCACACCCAGAAGAUUUUUUCCUUUUGCAGUCUUCUACCCCUAACAUCAUAGGCAAGGUAUUUUUAAUAGGUGCUACACUAAAACAGAGCACAAAUAAGGAAAAGGAAAUUCUUUAUCACACCUUUUUGCUGGAGGAAAAUGUUUGGAAAAAUGACACCUGGUUUUCAUUUGCUUUGGAGUGCAAUGAGAGACUUUGCAUUGAACUAGGAGCCUGGAACAUCUUAAUAGCCCUCCAGAAUCUGAAAGGAAAGGAUCCUGAGCAGCAUGAAACAGAGCUCCACAGAAGUCAAAGAAGUUUCCAGACUUCCUAGCACUGAAGGAUUUGGACCUCUUUCUGGCUUGUUUAAUCCAAACACAGCAUACUCAUUGGGAUCUCCAAGGAAAAUCUUUUCUUCUCUGUUGGAAAUUUACUUCGUAUCUAGAAUUGGUUUUAAUUGAAAUCCAAAACUAGACAAAGAAAGAGAAACGGAGCCCUGCCUUUUUGGUAUAUGUAGGCAGUAUUCAAGCUCAGAGGGAGAGCAUUUAUGAAAGGCUUCAUUGACCGAACCCUGCAUCUCUUAAAUGCUGCUUCUGCUGCAAGCAAUGACAAUGAGUAUGCCCCAGCAAGAUUCCUUGUGCAAUGCUUAUUUACUAAAGAAUACUAUGUGAAACCUGAGGAGUCUUAACAGCUGGAAUGCAACUAUACAACUGAAUUCAGGACAUAAGAACUAAUUGGAUACUGUCUGCAAGAGAAAAGUAGCCAUUUUGAGUUGAAAGAUGAGAUGGCAGCAGGCAGCUAUCUCAGGAGAGACAAUCCUACCAGCAGGAUCUGUUACCUUCCUGCAGGAGAGCAGUACAUUCCGACGCAGUAUGCCGUGAUGCAGAUAGAUGCACAUACAAGCACAUGUGGCUGUGUGCAUGCAUACACAGGGCGUGCACUAUUUUCAUGCUCCCCUGGCUGGUCCUACAAAGAAACCUCUUCCUACAAUCUGCUUGCACAGAACAAAACCUGAUUCCAGCUUGACUGUGGAGAGGCUGCGUGCUCCCAUGUCCUGUGUCCUGGUAUACCCUGAUUCACGCAGGCUUCAGCACUUGGCCUCACAGACAGUCGGUGCUUGACCCCUGCUCACUUUGGCCAGGAGGUGAACAGAAAGGAUGGACAAGAAGUGAGUGGUACCGCUGUGCUGCCUGUCUCCAUGUCCUCACUGUGAUGGGGCGCUUGGGGCGCCAAAUCACUGCUUGCAUCUUCCAGCAUCAUGGUAUUACACAGAAGGUGCAAAGGGCUGAACAGCUUGUGGAGAGUCCCAGCAAUAACAGCUUUUCUGCUGCAGUGGUUAAAGAACUCAGUUCAGUCAGGGACAUUGGCAUUCUCCACAAUAGACUGCUAUUUCUUUUGACACUAAACCAGUAUCUAGCUAGGAACAAGACCACCAAUGGUGUUAUGUGAUUGCCUUUAAUUUAUGCAUCCAUCCAUAUUGUAGAUAGGAACACCAUUUUACCUCAUCUA